GCAUUUCAUAGAAGCAUACAUACAGCACACACGGGCAGGGGCUGCCUGCCUGUCAUAUGUAGGUGGGAGGGAGGUGCUGCCUUAGUCUUCCCUUCUCUUGCCCACUCAUCGUGCGUGAUUACUCUCCCAGUGCUGCUCGAGGGACCGCAGAGAGGGGAACAGCCGGCCGCAGCAAAAGAACACGUCAUGACGCCUCACAUUCUUGAGGUGCUGGUUCAGGCCGUUGGUGUCCCGCAUCUGGGCGCCACAGUAGCCGCAGCUGUUCGUGUUGAUCAUGUUGUUGAGCCACGUGGACCGCCGCGUAUUCUGCCCGGCCACCUCGACGUCCAACUCCCGUGGCGUCUGCGCACACCGCCUCAGGCACUGCCGCCACGAGACGGGCGGUGGGGGCACCGGAGCCACGCGACGGGGCGGAGAGGGGUCUCUCAGGGGCACAGGCGGUGCGAGGGGCAACGCCGCGGCCGCCUGCAUGCACUCAUCCACACAAUUAUCGAUGCGUUCAGUUGAUGUGAUGUGAUCUGGUCACUCACCGCAGGUGGCGGUGCUGGUGCGGGUGCGGGUGCAGCAUCAUGGGGAAACAGUUCGCAGCCUCCCGUACACACGCGCCCACGAGCGGGCCACUCAGCAGACACCUGGGAGCAAGGCAAGGCACAUGAGUAGGACUGAGUGGGGCACAGCACAUCAUUCUGAGUGCCGAUUGUAGCAGAAUUCGAAGUUGCAUCUGCAUGUGAUGUGGUAGCAGCCGUGAGUGAGCUGCACCACAGCACGGCAGCGGGGGCACCGCCGCAGCCUGCACACCGACCACACCAACACAACCACUCCGACACACACAUCAAUGACCUAUCCUGUUGUCUUGGUGUUGGUGUUGGUGUUGGUGUGUGCUGAUGGCAAGGCAAGGCAGACCGUACGUACCCCUCCUGUCUGCAUUGACUGCGGAAUCGUCUGUCUCCCGCAGACCGCUCAUCGGCAGGCAGGUCCUGGUACUCCUCACACGUCAGGCCAUCAUGCCACUCCACACGACAGUUGACACAGAAAGGCUGUUUGUUUACGAAAAAGACAGAGAAGGAUCCGACCUGUCUGGGGGCUGCACGCUUUCGUCUGACUGACCUGUUGGCACCACACACACGUGGCCUUGUCCUUCACCAAGCUACCGUCCAUCGGCUGCCAGAGGAGAGAAAGGAGCAACAAAGAUAGCUGCCUGUCUGUCUGUCUGCCCUCCUCCCCCCUGACCUGUGAGCAGUGUGUGUUGGGGCACCACAUAAGGUUAGGUAUGGUCGACUCGAUCACCCUGCGCUCGAAGGCCACCCGCAGCUCGGGCGACAGCAAAUCACCUGCUGUGUCCAGCGUCAGCUCCUCGCACUUGUCAAACGGACACGAAAGAGGAAAGGGCUCGUCGCGAAUGGCUACCGAGAGGUACCUCUCGCCGCAUGGCCGACAGAAUUCGCGGUCGCACAGAAAUCGCAGUGGUAGGCUUGUUGUCUCCUUGCAGGCCUCGCACUCACCGCUCGGGUAGGCUGCAGCAGCUGCUGCUGAUGAAGACGGUGCUGCUGAUGAAGACGGUGCUGAUGCCAAGGGUGCCGGGAACAGAGGGGCACAGCUGCUCUUGGCGAUGCAGCGGCUGAUAUCCCGGUCGCUCGCGCCGCUGGUUUCCAUGUCGCCGAUGCGCCUGGCCAGCUCAUGGUCUAGGUCCACCAUGGCGAGGUGCUUGACGGCCAGCAUCGCCUUCUUGCGGGCCACCUCCCUAUCGAGCCUGCAGGCGUCCUCCUCCUCCAUCACCGCCGCCAUCAGCGACAGGUCCCUCGACAGCUGACACGCACUCAGGUAGUCGUCGGCCGCCAUGAGCUCAUUGAUCUGCUGCUCGACCACCAUCGUGAGGGCGUCGCUGGUCGGCUCGGAAGUGUCGGCACAUGAGCUCUCGAGUCGCGAAUCAUGAACACCAAGCGCCAGCUCCUCAAUCUGAAGAAGAGGAGAAAGCAGCAGCUGACAAUACUACAUAGCUCCUCUGCAUCGUCAUGUCCCCCACCUGCAGCUUCAGUGCAGCUUGGAGGUCUGCCUCGACGUCUGCCUCUUGAUGAGAAGGCUGUGGUUGAGUGCCGGCCGGGCCCUCGUCGCCAUCGGCUGCAAUGGGGCGGCAUUCCAAUCGGUCACUCGUGCUCCCAGGGGACAUCAUCGUCCGCUCCGCUCCGCUCAAAUGACAGCUGAUCCAGCAGAAGGAACCGAAGAUGCACCGCAAAUGGUGUUGCCGCGCCGCUGGGGUGCUUCUGGCCUCCUCCUUUCGCGAACCAAACCGGUAAUUUCCUCAAGGAGCCGCGCAACACAGAUCACGUACUCCUGUCGUACAGGAAUAGACUGGCGGGUGAAGUGAUGCCUUAUUCAAAAAUGGGGCGGCAAACUGAUGUAGCUGUGGCUGGGGUGUUGUUUCCCCUUGCUGAAGAUCUGCG